GCCUUUAUACGGAUGCACGAUGUUUCUUCUUGCGUUUCUUCUGUCAGUUCUGGUGUCUGCCCGAGCGUUUGAACUGACCGUGCUGCACACGAAUGACGUGCACUCGCGUAUCGAGGAGAUAGACCCUACGGGAGGGAGUUGCAAUGCUGCCGAAGCAAACGCCGGAGAAUGUUACGGUGGGAUGGCGAGGAUGGCGACCAAGGUUAAGGAGAUGCGUCGUAACGAUGACAACGUACUGCUGCUUGAUGGAGGUGACCGGUUCCAAGGAACGCCAUGGUUUACGGAGUUUGACGGCCUCGCCUCCUCGCGAUUUAUGAACAUACUGCAGUAUAACGCCAUGGCGCCUGGAAACCACGACUUUGACAACGGUGUUGAGGGCCUGGUUCCCUUCCUGAGAAACGUCACAUUUCCGGUGGUGGCCUGCAACAUCGACACUUCGGGAGAACCAGAACUGCAGGGUCUGAUCAGGCCAUCCGUUGUGCUGGACAUAGGUGGAGAGAAGGUCGGGAUAGUCGGGUACAUCCUUGUAAAUACACCGGCUUUUUCUCCAACAGGUAACUUGGAAUUUCUGGAGGAAGUGGAAUCGGUGCAAGCGGAAGUGACGAAACUACUGGGUCAAGGGGUCAACAAGAUCAUCGCACUGGGGCAUGCUGGGUACUCAAAAGACCAGGAAGUGGCGCGAAGGGUGUCGGGAGUGGAUGUUGUUGUGGGGGGCCACACCAACACUUUUCUGUAUACCGGUAUACUGCCAUCGUCAGAAGUGCCCCUAGGUCCCUACCCGCUGAUUAUUGACUCCGAGGUGGACCUCGGUCGGCAGGUACCCGUAGUACAGGCCUACGCCUACGGCAAAUACCUCGGUCACCUCCGCUUGACGUUUGACAGCGACGGGGACCUUGUCAGGUGGAGCGGUAACCCCAUUCUCCUAGACAACUCCAUACCUAAGGAUCCUGACGUGCUGGAGGUGGUCACAGAUCUGAAGGAAAAAUUAAACCACACCAAGGAAGUGAUCGGCAGAAGCAAUGUUUUUCUCCAAGGAGUUUAUGAAACCUGCACAGUGAUGGAGUGUAACAUGGGCAACCUGAUCACGGAUGCAAUGGUGCACCAGAACAUCAAGUUCCCGGAUGAACUCUACUGGAACGACGUCGCCAUAGGAAUAUACAAUAGCGACAGUAUCCGAGCGUCAAUGAGGAAGGGUGAUUAUUUACAGUCUUAUGCUGUGUUUUGUAUAUUUUGAUUCUGCUCGUUUCAUAUACCUAGAUAAUGU